AUGGAGCGUCUGGUGGCGCGUCCCACUAGCGCGUCUGGUGGUCCGUCUAGUGACGCGUAUGGUGCAACGUCGACUGCAUUGUACAUCCCAUUCGUUACACCACCGGCCUUCAAGUACCACCAUGGAGAUAUCAACAGAUAUUCCAGUCCAGCCUCAAGAGAAUUGUUCAAUUCUGUUGGCUCUUCCCUGGACAGGUCGUCAGAACAGGGCGAUCUUCCCGAUUAUUGUGAAUUAAUUGUGAACUGCAUUCCUCUUGAGAUGAAGGUGCAAGAUUUGACAACGAUGUUCCGGAACUUCGACAGCGUGACCAGUGCGAAAUUUGUUCGCGAUUCUACUACAGGACGGAGCAUGGGCUUUGUCAAGUACACUAAGCCUCAUUUCACCCAAAAGGCAUUAGCAGCCAUGAAUGGACUGAAAAUUGGAUCAGAAGAAAUCAAGGUGUCAUAUGCACGACCUGGUUGCAAGGACAUCAAAGAUGCUACCCUGUAUGUGAAUUAUCUGCCGAGCUGUGUGAGAACCUCUGCCCAACUGGAGGAAAUCUUCAGCCCCUUUGGCAAAAUCAUCGCGUCGCGCCUCUUGCUCGACUCGGAAAUGAAGCCUUGCGGUGUCGGCUUUGUCCAAUUCAACGUGAGGCAAGAAGCCGCUGCAGCUGUGUACGCGCUCAAUGGCGUCGUUCUCGAACCCUCUGGCGGGAGACCUCUCGUGGUCAAAUUCCCAAGAGGGCAUUUUGACGGCGUGCCCAGCCAGGUCAAGAACGUGGUCUACGUCGAUAAUCUCGAUAGCUCGGUCAGCGAGACCACUCUGAAGGCUGUGUUCCGCCAGUUUGGAGCCGUCUACGACGUCUUCAUCGUCAAGAACCACUGCAUUUGCAGCAAGAACUCUGCCUUUGUGACCAUGGCCUCUUUCGCCUCAGCGCAAGCCGCCAUCAACCAUCUGAAUGGAAGAUUUGUGGGCACCAAGAGGAUCAAUGUGGCCUUCCGUCACUCUUCACCAUAAAUGCAAAACGUGAU